GCGGGUUAUAGGGACGGGAGUUCGGGGGAGCUGCCCUGUGGCUUGCCGAGACAGAUAGUCAGCACCGCACGGCUCCGGACCUGGGCUCGCAUCUGCAGAUAACGGCCGCCCGGCGGUAGCGUUGUUUGCGAAACACAAAUCCUUACCUGACUGCAUCUGAAUCGCAGUGCAGAAAGAAGAUUUAAGUUGACCAUUUCUCUCUAAGAUUAAGAACAAAGCCAUGCCAGUGCUUUCGGAAGACUCAGGAUUGCAUGAAACUUUGGCCCUCUUGACAUCUCAGCUAAGACCUAAUUCAAAUCAUAAAGAGGAAAUGGGAUUCCUAAGGGAGAUCUUCAGUGAAAAGAGUCUGAGCUACCUGAUGAAGAUUCAUGAAAAGCUCCAUCAUUAUGAAAGACAGAGUCCAACUCCUGUUUUGCAUAGUGCAGCAGAAUUAGUUGAAGAUUGGAAACCUAAUCACUUUUUAAAUGUAAUAGAAGAAUUGCAGACUGCACCAGUGAAUAAUGAAGAAAAAGAGUUGCUUCAGCUGUUGUCAACACCACAUCUCAGGGCAAUGCUUGUAGUACAUGACACCGUGGCACAGAAGAACUUUGACCCAGUCCUUCCACCUCUACCUGACAACUUUGAUGAUGAUUUUGAUGAGGAAUCAGUGAAAAUAGUUUGCCUAGUGAAAAAUAAAGAACCCUUGGGAGCUACCAUCAGAAGAGAUGAGCAUACAGGAGCUGUGAUUGUUGCAAGGAUCAUGAGAGAUGGUGCAGCUGAUCGCAGUGGUCUUGUUCAUGUUGGAGAUGAACUAAGAGAAGUCAAUGGUAUCACUGUGCUUCACAAACUGCCCGAAGAAAUAAGCCAGAUUUUGGCUCAAUCUCAGGGAUCAAUAACAUUAAAAAUAAUCCCAGCCAUCAAAGAAGAAAAUCGUCUAAAAGACAGCAAGGUAUUUAUGAGGGUACUUUUCUGCUAUAAUCCCAAAGAAGACAGAGCCAUUCCUUGCCAGGAAGCUGGGCUGCCAUUCAAGAGACAACACAUCCUAGAAGUUGUAAGCCAAGAUGAUCCCACAUGGUGGCAAGCAAAACGUGUUGGAGAUACCAACCUCAGAGCAGGCUUGAUCCCCUCAAAACAAUUCCAAGAAAGACGACUGACUUACAGAAGAAUAAUAGGCACUCUGCAGAAUCCCAGAGCUGUGAAGAAACCAUUGUAUGAUCAGUCUUCUGAUAAAGAAGAGUGUGACUGUGAAGGAUAUUUCAAUGGACAGUAUAUAGCAGGUUUACGGAGGAGCUUUAAAUUAAGUCGGAAAGAGAAGGAGAACAGCCUGAAUGAUGGAAAGCAAGCAGAGCAGACAGCAGAGUUCCUGACCUAUGAAGAAGUCACAAAGUAGCAGCAGCAGCCUGGUGAACAGCAGAGGCUGGUGGUAUUGAUUGGUUGUUUGGGGGCCAGAUUAAGUGAGCUCAAGCAGAAGGUUGUGUCAGAGAACCCAUGGGAAUAUGGUGUUGCAGUUCCACACACCACCAGGUCAAGGAAAAGUCAUGAGAAAGAGGGAGUAGAAUACAAUUUUGUCUCCAAGCAAUCAUUUGAGACAGAUGUGCAGCAAAACAAAUUUGUGGAACAUGGGGAAUACAAAGAAAACCUGUAUGGUACAAGUCUGGAGGCAAUUUGGUCUGUGAUGGCCAAAAAGAAGGUCUGUUUGGUGGAUGUGGUACCUAAAGCAGUAAAGUACUUGAGGACUCCUGAGUUUAAGCCUUAUGUUAUCUUUGUGAAGCCUCUCAUAUCAGAAAAGAAAAAUCAUGUCCUAAAAUCUCCCACAGCAGAAGAAAUCUCAUCCCCCCUUGAUGAAGAACAGCAAGAAAUUAUUGAUUCAGCAGCAUUCAUUGAAGAGCAGUAUGGCCAUUUAAUUGACACUGUACUGGUGAAGGAAGAUCUCCAGACUGCAUGUAAUCAGAUGAAAACUGUGUUAGAGAAACUAAACACGGAUUCAUUUUGGGUGCCAGUCAAAUGGGUUAGGUCAUAGCUUAUUGUGUGUUGAAGGGAAAGA